AUCUCGCCCUCGUGCUCUCUCUCUCUCUCUCUCUCUCUCCCGAACCUUCCGAAGUCCAAACCCUAGUGAAACCCAACCCGCAGAUCUCGCCCCACCACCCGCCAUGGACGACGACUUCGACAUGCCCGCCGGCGACGACAUGAUGAUGGGGGAGGACGGGAUGGGCGACUUCGGCGGCGCCGAGGGGCCGGUGAUGAAGGUGGGCGAGGAGAAGGAGAUCGGGAAGCAGGGGCUUAAGAAGAAGCUGCUCAAGGAGGGCGAAGGGUGGGACACCCCCGAGGUCGGCGACGAGGUUGAAGUGCAUUACACGGGCACCCUCCUUGAUGGCAAAAAGUUUGACUCCAGCCGUGACCGUGAUACCACCUUCAAAUUCAAGUUGGGACAAGGUGAAGUAAUAAAGGGAUGGGAUCUGGGUAUCAAGACCAUGAAGAAAGGGGAAAAUGCUCUUUUCACCAUCCCUGCUGAAUUGGCUUAUGGCGAAGCUGGUUCACCUCCAACUAUUCCGGCCAAUGCCACGCUGCAGUUCGAUGUUGAGCUGCUUUCUUGGACCAGUGUCAGGGACAUUUGCAAAGAUGGUGGCAUAUUCAAGAAAAUAUUGAAGGAAGGAGAAAAAUGGGAGAACCCUAAGGAUCCUGAUGAAGUAUUAGUGAAAUAUGAGGCUCGGCUCGAGGAUGGCACUGUUGUAUCCAAGUCUGAGGGGGUUGAGUUUACUGUUAAAGAUGGAUACUUCUGUCCUGCACUGGGCAAAGCUGUCAAAACCAUGAAAAAAACAGAGAAGGUGCUCCUUACGGUCAAGCCACAGUAUGGAUUUGGUGAGAUGGGUAGACCAGCAGCUGGUGAGGAAGGCGCCGUACCACCAAAUGCUAGCCUUCUUGUUGACCUUGAGUUGGUUUCAUGGAAGACUGUCACAGAAAUAGGUGAUGAUAAGAAGAUCCUUAAAAAAGUUCUCAAGGAGGGUGAGGGAUACGAACGUCCCAAUGAGGGUUCAUUAGUUACAGUCAAAAUAACUGGAAAACUUCAAGAUGGCACAGUAUUCUUGAAGAAGGGGCAUGAUGAACAGGAGCCGCUUGAAUUUAAGACUGAUGAAGAGGCGGUUAUUGAGGGGCUUGAUCGUGCUGUGCUAAACAUGAAGAAGGGCGAGAUUGCUCUUGUCACUAUUCCUCCUGAAUAUGCUUAUGGUUCAACAGAGUCGAAGCAGGAUCUUGCUGUGAUUCCAGCAAACAGCACUUUGAUUUAUGAAGUGGAGCUUGUAUCAUUUGUAAAGGAUAAGGAGUCAUGGGACUUGAACAACGCAGAGAAGAUUGAGGCUGCUGGAGUUAAGAAAGAAGAGGGCAAUGCCUUGUUCAAAUUGAGCAAAUAUGCGAGAGCUUCUAAGCGUUAUGAGAAGGCUGCAAAAUUCAUUGAGUAUGACACUUCGUUCAGUGAAGAUGAGAAGAAGCUAUCCAAGCAACUGAAGAUCACCUGCAACUUAAACAAUGCUGCCUGCAAGCUGAAGCUGAAAGACUAUAAGCAAGCAGAGAAGCUUUGCACUAAGGUUCUGGAACUGGAUAGCCAAAAUGUCAAGGCUCUGUACAGAAGGUCCCAAGCUUACACUCAACUUGCUGACCUAGAGUUAGCAGAGAUCGACAUUAAGAAGGCACUUGAAAUCGAUCCUGACAACAGGGAUGUGAAACUGACAUACAAGACUCUGAAGGAAAAGAUCAAGGAGAUCAACAAGAAGGAUGCCAAAUUCUACAGCAAUAUGUUCUCUAAGAUGACCAAGCCUUCAGGGGAAGAAAGCAAAGCUUGAACUGGAGCGGUACUGAAGGAAGAAUAGGAGUCUCAACUUGAGGAAGGACCCGGCUUGUCUGCUCGUUCUGUGGGCUGGUCUAAAUCCGUGGUGCACACAUGUGCUAGGAGUGGCUGGCUAAAAACUAACGAGAAAUUUCAGUUUUGAGGUUGUAAGGCGAUUAAUGGGUGUUAAGAAUUUGCAUAUUUGGACCUUACACAUGAUAGUGUGUGCUUUCUGGACAAUAGCUGCCCUUUAGUUCAAUAUGAACCUGUGUUGUGAAUUUGUGAUUA